AAGCGGCCUCCGUUAAGGAAGCUCGGGGCGGGGCCGCCAUCGGGCGUUCCUGCGUCUGCGCGAAGAUGGUGGAGGAGGAGAGUCUCCGCGUGGUUCGCUGUGGCGGCAGCGAGUUGAAUUUUAGGAGAGCGGUGUUCUCUGCGGAUUCUAAAUAUAUCUUCUGUGUCUCUGGAGACUUUGUUAAAGUUUAUAGCACAGCUACAGAAGAAUGUGUACACAUAUUGCAAGGGCACAGAAAUCUGGUGACAGGAAUUCAGCUCAACCCCAAUAACCAUCUUCAGCUGUAUUCUUGUUCCUUGGAUGGCACAAUUAAACUGUGGGACUAUAUAGAUGGCAUUUUGAUAAAGACUUUCAUAGUUGGACAUAAACUUCAUGCCCUCUUUACUCAUGCCCAUGCUGAGGAUUGUGUCUUUGUUAUAAUAAAUAAAGAAAAACCAGAUAUAUUUCAGCUGGUUUCGGUGAAACUGCCAAAAUCAUCAAGCCAGGAAAUAGAAGCUGAGGAACUAUCCUUUGUUUUGGAUUACAUAAACCAGUCACACAAGUGCAUUGCCUUUGGAAAUGAGGGAGAAUACGUUGCUGCAAUACGGGACUUUUACUUAUCUGUUUAUUUUUUCAAAAAGAAAAAAACAUCAAGGUUUAUUUUAUCCUCAUCAAGAAAUAAGAAACAUGCUAAGAACAAUUUUACAUGUAUAGCAUGUCACCCAAAGGAAGACUGCAUAGCAACUGGUCACAAGGAUGGCAAAAUUCGUCUUUGGAGGAAUUUUGAUGAUGAUAAGAAAUACACAUACACAUGUCUACACUGGCACCAUGAUAUGGUAAUGGAUUUGGCUUUUUCGGUGACAGUGGAAUGGAGUGCAAAAUUAAGUAUUAGCGUUAUGGAACCUGAUCCGAAUUCAGAGAAUGUUGCUGCAGUCUCUCAGUCUUCAGUGGGUUCAGACCUGUUUGUAUUUAAACCUAGUGAGCCCAGGCCAUUGUAUAUUCAAAAGAAUAUCUGCAGAGAGGAAGUCCAGUGGGGAGUGUUUGUUCCACGAGAUGUCCCUGAAUCAUUCACCUCAGAAGCUUACCAGUGGCUCAACAGAUCCCAGUUUUACUUUCUAACAAAAACACAGUUCAUCUUUUGCAUCAUUAAUCGAUCUCUCAUUUCAGAGUUUAUUGACAUUCGGCACAAGGUCUCCAGAAGAGAAACUCACACCAACAAGCAGGCAGCAUUUUGGAUUUUUUUAACCCAUCAGUUAGAUAUUAUACAGCAAGAAUAUAUCAAUGAUCAUGGUCUGAUCCAAAUUGAGCUAAGAAAGGCUGCGUUUGGCUGCUAUGGUAACUGGCUUGCAACGGUGGAACAACGGCAAGAAAAGGAAACUGAGCUUGAAUUGCAAAUGAAACUGUGGACAUAUAAUAAGAAAACACAAGGGUUUGUUCUUAACACAAAGAUUAACAUGCCACAUGAUGACCACAUCACAGCUCUCUGUUUCUGUAAUGCAGAAAAAUCUGAAAACCCCACCUUGGUUACAGCUAGCAAAGAUGGUCACUUCAAAGUGUGGAUAUUAACAGAUGAUUCUGAUAUAUACAAACAAGCUGUUGGCUGGACCUGUGACUUCGUGGGUAGUUACCACAAAUACCAAGCUACGAACUGUUGUUUCUCCGAAGAUGGCUCUUUACUAGCAGUUAGUUUUGAGGAAAUUGUUACAAUAUGGGAUUCAGAGACAUGGGAACUUAAACGUACAUUUUGUCAACGAGCUGGGAAAAUAAGAGAUAAUAGUCAUUCACCGAAACCUGGAGGCAUCCGCAACAGCAAUAUCUUUACAGGUUUGAUGAUUGAUCCAAGAACUAAAGCUUUGGUUUUGAAUGGAAAACCUGGCCACUUGCAGUUUUAUUCUCUCCAGAGUGAUAAACAGUUAUACAAUCUUCUUCAUACUCCAGCCCAUGUACUGCCGUCUGCUUCUUUCCUGUGCUCCAUGUUUGUAAAUUCAUUACUGCUGUCGAAAGAGACUAAGAGUGCUGAAGAAAUUCCUGAUGAUGUAGAUAUGGAAGAAGAAAAAGAAAGUGAGGAUUCAGAUGAAGAAAAUGAUUUUACUGAAAAGGUUCAGGAUACAGAUAACACGGAUUUGGGAGAAGACAUUGUACAUCAGUUGUCAAAAUCUGAAGAAAAAGAACUGAGAAAAUUUAGGAAAGUAGACUACAGCUGGAUAACUACUAUCUAAGCCUUGGAGAUGGGGGAGGGUUCUUGCUUUGUUUUCUUUUAAUAUGUCAAUAUUCAAAAAAAUAUCUAUUUUAAUGUUAUUUCUGUUUUUAAAAUAAAAUAGUAACAGGCUUUACCUUUUGAGUAACUGGUAAUAUGAAGCUAUAUUUGAAUCACACCUUACAGUUGCUGGGUUCAUUCAUACAUACGUCUCAUUUUUAUCUUUUUGUUGUUGAUAUUGUUAUUUUAAGUUUGCUACCAAAAUUCAUUUGGUGGCCAGAUAUGACCUGAAUUGAUGUUAGGUUUUCGAUAGUCCUGAUUCAUCCCUCUUAGUUUAUUUGUUUCUCUUAGAGAAGGUUAGAGAAAUGAUUUGAUUAUAUGAUGUUUCACAGACCCCACUGAGGGUAUUAUAUAAUAAUACAGAAUAUCUGGCUCUAGCCUUUCGGAUAAAGGCUUAUCUGCCAUAUUUGUAAAUAUAAUUGUCAUGACCACUUUGGAAGAUAAGGAGAGCUGUUAUUACCCUAUCAGUGUUAUGGCUGUGAAUACAGGCACUCUUCAGAGAUAGUGGGGGUUCAGUUCCAGACCACU